CGUCUAGGAUUCGGGCUUUGGUGGUACGGCUGCAGCGGAACCUUCGGCGUCAUUUCUACGGGUGGGCAGCGGCGAUGGAGUCGGGUGGCAAGUUCCGCUCUGCGCUGCGGCUGAUGUACCUCGAGUUCGCCGCCAACACGGGUAUCCACGGUCUAAAGUACAUCACCGAGGACGGCCGGCGGCCUUUCGAGAGUGUCUACGGCCUGGACGAGAGCAGUAACAAUAGGUUGGCAGUGAGCAGUGGAGGGGAUUGGUUCCUGGAGUCCCUAGACGAGAGUGCUGGUGUGCGCAGGGUGCUGUGGGCGGUGGUGGUGCUGCUGGGCGUGAUCGGCGCGGCGUUCAUGGCCAACAACUUCUGGCAGCGCUUCUCUGAGAGCCCGACGCGCGCCAUCGUCGAGACCAACCACUACCCAUCCUACCGCAUACCCUUCCCGGCCAUCACACUCUGCAACGCCAACGUCUUCUUCCGGUCGCGCGCGCAACAGCUCGUACAGUACCUGUCCAGGGAGAGCAAUAUGACGGAGGCGGAGGUGUGGCAGGGCCUGGAGAGGCUGCGGCAGCUGGUGGCGCCCCGGCCAGAGGGCGAGCCGGAUGCGGAUCAGCGCAGGCUGGCGGCAGAGAUGCAGGGGCUGCUCGACUCCAGGGGAAUCACCGUCGAGGCCGCCAUCAGACAGAUGAGCCAGCCGUGCGACCAGCUGCUGGAGGGUUGCAAGUGGAAGGGUGAGGAGACUUCUUGCCACAAGCUCUUCACUUCGCGACUCUCCUACCUCGGCUUCUGCUGCUCCUUCGGCUACCGUGGAGAUGUCCGCGUCACCGACAGAUCUGGAAAGGCUCAGGUGGUUCGCUCCAAACAGUACCUGCACUACACACGCUACUACAGCCACCGCAUGGGCCUCACUGCGCUGCUCAACCCACAGCUACACGACUACUGGGUCAACUCACUCUUCUCCAGUGGCGUCAGGAUGCUGGUGCAUGGGCCGGAUGACUUCCCUGAGGAGUCACUGCUGGAGAAGGUGCUGCCCCCGGGCCACGAGCUGCUGCUGCGGCUGUCGGCCACGUUGUCAUAUUGCACGCGCGCCGUGCAGUCGGUGGCGCCGCAGGUGCGCGGCUGCGUCUUCCCCGAGGAGCGCCACCUGCAGCUCUUCUCCAGCUACAGUGCUGCCAACUGCCUGGCCCAGUGCCGCGCCGAUGCCAUCGUACGCCUCUGCCACUGCAUGCCCUUCUACUACAGCAGUGCUGAUAUGCUGCGAACUCGCCGUCACCUGGAUGAGAGUCCAUCGAAGCAAAUGAAUGCCUCGAUUGCAUGUCACUGCCCCUCAUUGUGCAAUGUUGUAGAGUAUGAUGUACAGUACUCGAGUGGUGACUUUGAAGCCAGUCAGUUCAUGCCUGAUGAGUUCUUUUCUGGCAAAAAUGUUACGGGAAGGAUAUUGUUCCACUUUUACUUUGGCAGUCAUGUGUCAACUCGAACCAGACGAGACAUCAUAAGUUCCUGGAAUGAUUUGCUUUCCUCGCUUGGAGGAAUCUUCAGCUUGUUUCUGGGGUGCAGCUUCAUGACAGUCAUUGAGCUACUGUAUUUCUUCACACUGAGGCUGUUUCUACACAUGAGGAGUUUCAAUACUGUCGCUCCAAGACCCAGGAAGAAAAUGAGAGUGGUGAAUCUCAGCUCAAAGACAGGCCAGCAAGAUGUCUUCACCCUACCAGUCCCACUGGACAAUGACAACAUUGUGAAACAUCGUUUCUUCUGACUGGAAACUCAUCACCCAUUUGUUCUUG